UGGCGCGGUUUUGGACACCAAAUUUAAAGUUUUUAAAAAGCGCCCGGCGCGAGCGGGACUCACUCACUGCCCGCGGCGGCGCCGGCGCGGCCCUGCAGAAUACAAACAACAAAAUGAAAUCGAACCUUAACCGCUCUUGCAAAAUGAAACGUGACUUUGAUUGUGCGUCUCUUCGUGCUGGGUUUGCACCAUUGAAAUGUGCUGUGGAGAAAACAAGACUGGAAAAAUCCUGCCCCUUGAAUUAUGAGGAAGGCUUUUGUAAAAGCUGUGCAGGAGAACAUCAGAAAAUACUCCUUAGUGACUCAUACCAUGCAGCCACCAGGAACCUAGAACUUGAAGAUGGAGAAAGACCCAUACAUAACAAAGAAAACAGCCAAAUAACCCAGAGACUUGAUGAAGGAAUCUGUGAGAUGGAGGCAAUGGAAAGCAGUAAACUUAAUGAGGACAGUGGUUAUUCCUCUAUGUUAAGUACUCAUUAUGCUGAUGCAAUAGAACAUGAGGAUAGUUUACCUCUGGCUGGAAACCUCUGUGGUACACCAAAGCAUUGUCUCAUGAAGAACCAAAAACAAGAACAGUUUUCAAAGAAGACGCUGUUGCCCAUAAUCCAUUAUGAAGAAGUAAUUUGCUCAACUUUGAAAAAAAGUGGUAAAAGAAAUCUCAAGUCUUGGGCUGCUGUAGAUAGAAUUGUUUCUAGGGGAAAAUUUGAACUUUGUAACUUAAUUGGAAAGAAAAUGGGGCUGGAUAGAAUAGACAUUCUCGCUGAACUCUUCCAAAAGAACCUGAAGCAUGUAUUAGCAAACAUUUUAAGGCAUCUCAGCGAGAUGGAUUUAGUAAAUUUUGCCAAAGUCAGCACAACAUGGCAGAAGAUUCUACAAGAAGAUAAAUGGAUUUUCCAAAUGUAUAGCAGAGCUGUGAAAAACCUUUCUAAUGUCACUAAGGCACCAGAGCAUGCUGCAACAAGAGAGUACGUCCUCUACAGAGUGUCCUUAGCUUCCAUUCAGAAAGCAACCCCACCAAAACACUUGAACAAAAAAAGCACCAGAUCCAAAGCAUCUAGGAAUCACAGCAGGCUCACAGAGUUUUCUGAGGCUGCCAGGAACUUGAAAAACACUGAAAGCCUUAAAGCCUGCCAUCGCUGUGGCUCACCUGCCAAGUAUGACUCCUACCUCCAAAGAGCAACGUGCAAUCGUGAAAGUUGUGGCUUUGACUUUUGCACCAAGUGCAUGUGCAGCUACCACAGCUCCAGUGACUGUGUGAGCAGCAAACCAGUGAAACACAACUCUGCACCAGGGCCGCUGCCUGGGACUAAGAAAAGCAAACAGAAUCUAAAGAGAUUGUGAUCCAUCACCCACCCAGUACAAACUGGCAAAUGUCCCAUAAAAGUUUUUUUUUUUAAGUCAUCCUCAAAGAGAUUGCUUUCUGCUAUUCCAUACUCAUAAAAAUGGUUAAUUCUGUUGUUCCUCUGUACUAUUUAAUCAUCCUGCUCAGAAAGGUUUUAAAAGCAUUUCUAGUGCUGUUGAGUGAGGUGGGUGAUGCCCCUUUUAAUGUGAAAAUAUGAGGGAGACUAGCUUUUAUGGUUUUUCAAAGCUUUACCUUUGAUUUUAAAAUGUGGACAUCAAUAAUACUACUUUCUCUGAUGGCUUCUCUUAUGUGAAUCUGAAAUUGCUCUUCAUUCCUUCUUUCAUUUCUUGAACCUUUUCUAAAUUCAAAAAAAAAGUACUGUAUGUUGGCUAUACUGCUAAAAAAUACUUUGACUUUUUUUUGAAUUCACAAGCUAAUUUUAAUAUUUGUAUAUAUUUGUAAAUAUUAUUAAUAUUUGUCUUGUAAAUGUGAAAAUAAAUGAUUAUUCUCAACAA